AUGAUGGGAGAGAAGAAAGUGUUGGGUCUUGUGGUGCUAGUUAUGGCCUAUGGUUUGGCAGUAACAAGACUCACAGAAGCACAAGUUCCUGAAACAUGCAAUGGGUAUGAACCUUUACUUUUCCAAUGUGUGCCUUAUUUGGUUGGUUCAGGAUUAGAUCCUCCAACUCCUCAUUGUUGUGAUGGAGCAAGAGUGGCGUUUCAAAGAGCUAACAAUGAUGAAGCUGUAAAAAAUCUUUGUGGUUGUCUGGUUGAUGCUGGUCCAUAUUUGAACUUUGUGCCUCAGAAUUUGGUACAACUUCCAGCAGCCUGCAACAUUCAACUUUCCUUUUCUAUGGAUCAUUGUAUACGUGGUUAG